UCAGUGUCCCGUUAAUCUGUGUGAGAGUGUCUGGGACCGCACUUCAGUGUGAGAUCUGAGCAUCACUGUGGCGCUAGGGAAUCCCAGGCAGUGAGAAGGGAGUAGCCUCGCCCAGCACCAUCACCACACAGGGAGGGCAAGUACGGGACUAGUUCUAACAUCUAAAAACCUUGGCUUCUUCAGGUGAAAGCACUAUAGCUGGAGGCUCCCAGGCGCCCUAUUUUUCUAAAUUUAAGCCUCAGACAUGACCAAGCUGAACCUGUUGCUGGCCCUGUGGGCUGUGGGAUGUGGCAUGUUAUCAAUGGCACAGAGUACUACAGUCACUGUAGCAACAAUGCCACUGAAAACUAUAACUACAACUAUGGACACGGCAACUACAUUAAUUACAAAGCCUGUAACUACUGCUAUAUCAACCACUUCAGUUAAAAGUCUCAGUACUUCUGUAACCAGUUCAACAGCAAACUCUGUAGCAAGUGCCUCAACCACCAACAUCACCAAUCCUCCUACAACUUCAUUACCAACAUCCAGUACACCAAACAAAACUACAGAGGGAAAAAUGGAUUCAACUAUCACUACAUCUGUGACUCCUUCACCACAGCCUUCAUUAAAACCAACAGCAACCAGCUCUACAGUAAAUCCUGUAUCAUUUCAAAGUAAAGCAGAAACUCCCCAGACUAUUGGAACAACAGUCAAGCAAGAACUUUCAUCUCCAGCAGAGCCAACUUCGACAUCUGCACAACUCAGCAGAACAACACAAGACCAAGAUACUAAGCCUACAAACACGAGCACAGUUCACUCUUCCUUUAACAGUCCAACCUCUUUAACUACUACAAACACCAUCAGUAAAAUGACAUCUAAAGUCACCACAUCUAAAGACACCGCAGAAAGUUAUACAACCAGCAUGCCUUUAGGUUCUACUACAGUAUCACCUGCUGUAAAUACUACACUUUUGACCACAUUUCAGACAAGUACUAAAUUCCCUGGUAAUUGUACAGAGAAUGUAAAGGUUUUUUGUGAGAAAAGAGUUUUUAAUAACACACAUCUCAAGUUGCAGACUUCAAGUAGCUGUGAUGAUAUUCACAAGCAUCAAUGUGAUCUUCUCCAUAAAAUGUGCAAAGCAGUGAGACCUGAAUUCCAGCCCUCAGAAAAAUGCAAGAUCUCUCUUGGUUUUAAUGAGAAGCGGAGUGAUAGGGUGGAAGUACUAAAUGUUGUAGUAGAAACACGUUUAGCUCCUAAUCGCCUUAAUGAAGUGCUUGAGAAAUUAACAGAUGAGGGUGGAAAAUCCUUAUUUGUAAUUGAUACAACUGAAGCAAUUUAUGAAGAUUGGCUAAGCAUGCCUCUAAUAAUAACUAUUGUAUGUUUGGCUGUGUCCCUGCUGCUCAUUGCAGCUGUUUAUGGAUGCUGGCAUCAGAGGCAGUCUCAUAAAAGAGAACAGAGGCUUACAGAGGAACUUCAAACCAUGGAGAAUGGAUACCAUGAUAAUCCCACUCUAGAGGUAAUGGAGACAGCUCCAGAGAUGCAAGAGAAAAAAGGGGGUCUUAAUGGAGAGCUUGGGGAUAGCUGGAUUGUUCCACUGGAUAACCUAAGAGAGGAGCUUGAAGAAGAAGAGGACACCCAUUUAUAAAGCUGUAGAAAAUCAAUAAGACUGUUUGGGGUAUCCAGCAGUGCAAUAUAUAUGUAUAUAUAUUCACACAACUGGCCAAGCAAAUAAGAAUUGACUGAUAUAAGCCAGACAAUUUCAGUCCCAGUUUCUUGUAAUCUGUCCGAUUUACUUUGCAUACUGCAUAAGCUCAUUUGAUACAUCUGAUUUUGUGAUGUUUAGGAAGAUUCAAAGAAGCAGCUCACUCUUAUUCACCAUAACUGCCCUGUACUUUGCUCUCAAAAAGCACUGAUUAUUCUUAACCCUGGAACAGAACUUUCCUACAUGGAGGCGAGAACUGCACAGUACUUUGUAAGGAAACGGAUCAGUACACAUAUACAGUGCCCAAGUAUUUACAUACAGAAUGGAGAGGAUGAGGAACAGCAGAUAGUGAACACUGAGUACAAAGGGCAUAUACUGGAAUUUUCAUCUACCCCAUAUCCUAUUAAACACAUUUAGACCUGA